AUGAUUGGUGUACUUCAUGCGCCUUGCAUCCUGUGUCAUGCGCCAUUACACUUUCGACGGACAACACGGCACGGCGUAACAUUAGGCCGCCUCUUCAUGCGCCUGGGCAUCUGUAUCAUGCGCUCGAAAGGGGAUCGAUCGUCCGUCAGCACGGCACGGGAAGCGGUUCUUCAUGCGCCUUGCGUCCUGUGUCAUGCGCUAUUACGCUUUCGACGGACAACACGGCACGGCGUAACAUCAGGCCGUCUCUCAUGCGCCUGGGCAUCUGUAUCAUGCGCUCGAAAGAGGUCGAUCGUCCGUCAGCACGGCACGGGGGAGCGGUUCUUCAUGCGCCUUGCGUCCUGUGUCAUGCGCUAUUACGCUUUCGACGGACAACACGGCACGGCGUAA